UGAUGAUCCUGACUUUCAUAUUAUUGAUGGGGUUGAAACUAUUUAUGAAGAAGACCUAGAAUCUUUUGAAAAUAAAGGUGUAUUAGUUUCUUCCAACAAUGAACUUCAAGAGAUUGAUGAUGAUAUUGCAAGCGAUUUAAAUGAAGAUGCAAUAACAUAUUUUACUAAAGAAUUGGCAUCGAAGGUUAUUUAUCAUACCUUAACAUCUAUAGAAUAUCCUGAAACAAGUUCAGAGGGCGUUGCUUAUGUAUAUAACACUGAAGGUUGGGAAGAUCCAUUAACUGCAUUCAAAAAUGUUAUGUGUCCUUAUCUUGGUGUUGAGGUAAAACAUGAAAUGCGAACCUGUCAAGGUUCAAAACUCUGUGAGUUUGGCGCACACGAAUUAUAUAAUCAAACACACCAAUGUGUUGAUAUUAAUUCUGAUCUGAUGAUGCGAAUAACUAAAGAAAUUUCAUCUAGUAAUAUGGAUAAUAAUACUUUUGAACUUUAUCUUGCCAUUCUUGAAACACCUUGCAAGUUUCAAAAAAACAACCAACUAUGUGAAGGAAAAGCUGUUUUACAUCGCUUAUCAUGUCGAGAUCAUUCUGAAUCCACCUAUUUUAUCGGCUGUACUAAUUGGAAAAUCGGAGAAAAAUACCAUCGUUUUAUGCAUAUCUCUCCUGAUAUCAAUAUCAAGCUUUUGCACAGCUUAUUUGAUGGUACUUAUGAGCCUAAUGCUAAUGAUAUUGAUAAUGGAUCUACAAAUGAAUGUUAUACCGUAUAUUCAAAUUCUUCAAAAAAAAAAUAUUGUCGAUUACAUACACAUCCACCGCCACCACCUACACGAACUCCAGGCUAUAUUAAACAAAGAUUGCAAGCACUUGUUAAACAAGUCAAUGAGGAUUUAUUAGAUGUAACACCUACACAUAUUGUAACGAGAAAUUUAAUCAAGACCUAUUUUGGUAUUGAUAAUUUAUGUGAAGUUCACGCUUCAUUUAACAAUACAAAUAAGUUACGUUACUGUGUAAAUAAAAUUCAAAAGGAAAAGCAUCCAUUCGGUCAAGAUUUAUUAGGAGUUGUAUAUAAUUUUUCACGUAAUAUCGAUAAUUUUCAGGAUUAUGUUCAACGAUUAAAUUUUUUUAGUGAUGGGCAUAUAAUGAUUAUUUGUACCUCUCAAACUCAAAUACAAAAGUGGAUUAAAUGCAAUUAUUUUGAAAUUGAUUUAUCAUUUAAAAGAGUCGCUGGAGAAAUUAAUGAAUUCGAGUUUAAUCAUAUUCAUGGAAAUGGAUGGUGCUGCAUAAUCAGUGAUCUUGAUAUAGCGCAACUUAUUGGAUUAGGUGAAACUUUAGCUUUGAUCGAUAAUUCUUUUAGUUGGGAAGAACAUUUAGUUCAUAUUUUUAAAUCAUGUCAAGUACAUUAUAAACAAAAAUUAAAUGAAAAAAGAUUUGAAAAUAAUAUUAAAGCUAAAAUGGAAUUAUUAUUAACUGCAAAAGCUGAAAAAGUGGAAUUAAUAUUUGACGAAUUAUUAACACUUGAUAAUAAUCUUGUAGGCAACACAAAUUGUGCUGAAACAGCACAUGCUAUGAGUAAUCGUGAAGGCAAACAACUAAAAUUGAUGAUGACGAUAUUAAGGGGUCAAAAAUUAGAUAUGUGCAAUUUCAAGAGAACUGAUAUAAAAGCUAAUUUUAAUAUUAAUACAUGUGGUUAUGAUAAAAGUAAUAUUGCAAGAAAAAAGUUGGAGAUUAAACGAAUUAAGCGACAAUCUAAAGCUAGUUCUUCAACAAAAAGACGAAAUAAAUUAUCAUCAUUUCAAAUAAAUAAAAAACAGCGAACAUCUCAAGUAGUCAAUUUAACUGAUGAUACAUCACAAGAAUCUCAAAAAAUCAAUUCAAGUAAUAAUGAACUCAACGAAUCUGGUAUGACGAUCAUGGAAAAAUUAGAAUAUGAGGAGCGCAUGUUGAUGAUCGCGGAACGUAAAGAAAAAUUAAGAGAAUUACGAAUUUCUAAUGUUAUUAAAGAGCGUGAACUUGGUAUUGAAUAA